GGGGCUGCCCAUGGCGAGCAGGGCCGGCCGAGGCGGGCUGGGCAUGGCACGGGUGCCGCGGCACCCUAGCAGCUCAUGCGCAAUCGUGCGGGGUGGCUGCACUCGGCGGGAGCAUGGCGCAGAGGGUGCUGCCGCUGCCCAGGCAGCAGUCAUUCGUACCACCCACCGUUCUCAACCCCUUCAUCCACCCGAGGCCCCUGAGAGCCACGGACAAGUUGCGGACUGUUCUUCAGGGGACUGUUUUGCUGCCCCUCCGUGCCACAUGCAUGACAUUCAUUAUACUGCUAGCAUGGCUGUUUGCAUCAAUUGCAACUUUCCAGCACCCCAGAAAAGGAUCUGUGCCAUUGAAAGGAUGGAGGAGGAGGAUGAUCCAGAUAACCCUCUCAUGCCUGACUCGUACCUUGUUCUUCGUAAUGGGUUUUCAAGUUAAAGUAAAAGGGAAAAUAGCAACUCCACAGGAAGCCCCAAUCUUUGUUGCAGCUCCUCAUUCAAGCUUUUUUGAUGCCAUUAUUUCUGCUCUAACUGGAAUGCCAUCGGUAGUGUCUAGAACAGAGAACCUGUCAACUCCAGUAUUUGGCACAAUUUUAAGUUCCCUUCAGCCUAUAUCUGUUUCACGUCAAGACCCUGAUUCACGGAAAAAUACAGUCACUGAGAUCACCAAGCGGGCAUUAUCAGGAGGCCAGUGGCCACAGAUACUGAUUUUCCCAGAAGGCACCUGUACAAACCGAUCUUGCCUGAUAACAUUUAAACAAGGUGCCUUUGUUCCACAAGUCCCUGUGCAACCUGUGUUGCUCCGAUACCCUAACAGGCUGGAUACUGUGACCUGGACAUGGCAGGGCUAUUCAUUAAAAGAGCUGUGUGUAAUGACGCUGUGUCAGCUCUUCACAAGAGUAGAAGUUGAGUUUUUGCCUGUUCAUGUUCCUACUGAGGAAGAAAAGAAUGAUCCCAUCCUUUUUGCCAACAGAGUCCGACAAACCAUGGCAACUGCUUUGAAUGUGCCAGUCACUGAUCACACUUUUGAAGAUUGCCGACUGAUGAUUUCAGCAGGACAGCUGACUUUACCCAUGGAAGCUGGGCUGGUGGAGUUCACCAAAAUCAGCAAGAAACUCCACUUACAAUGGAAUCGUGUCAGAGAGCAGUUGGAUACCUUUGCUGCUAUUGCAAGUGCUUCCAAAGGGGGAAGAAUUGGAAUUGAGGAGUUUGCAAAGUACUUGAAGCUGCCUAUUUCAGAUGUCCUCAGAGAGUUGUUUCUACUUUUCGACAGGAAUGGAGAUGGCACCAUUGACUUCAGAGAAUAUGUAAUUGGUUUGUCCAUUCUCUGUAACCCAGCCAACACAGAAGAGACUAUUCAGAUGGCAUUUAAGCUCUUUGACCAGGAUGAGGAUGGCACUAUAAAGGAAGAUGAGUUUGCUUGUAUCAUUCGGGCAGCUCUGGGGCUGCCGGAGCUUGAUGUAUCUAUGCUCUUUAAAGAAAUAGAUGCAGAUAAGACAGGGAAGCUGUCCUACGAUGAGUUCAAGCACUUUGCACUCAAGCAUCCAGAAUAUGCCAAGUUGUUCACUACAUACCUAGAGCUACAGAGAUACCAGUUAGAUAUGUUGGAGGAGUAUAACAUUGAGUCACCUGCAGUCAAACACAGUCCAGUUACAAAGAGUACAGUCCCAAUAUCAGAAACACCAAUCGCAAGAAAUAAGGUCUGUCCUGAAGGCAAUGAAGAGGAUAACUCGACUACCUCUGACAAAAAGGAUGACUGAGAAGAGUUGAAGAAUUCAGCUGUUGAAUUCUACAGGGUUAUUUCUCCUAGCUAUUCAUAAGCACAACUGAUAUAAAAUAGAGAGGGAAGGUACAAUCUAAAAAACUAUAUAUAUGUAUUUUUUUUUUUUCACUUUCGUAUCGGGAGAAGUUAUUCCUGUUUGAGUGUAAGGGAGAAACCACUGUAACUAUUCUGUCCUUAAUGUCAGGAUCACAAAUGCUGGGGAUGUUGUUCACUGGCUUCCAAGUUCAUGCUUCCACAAAAGUAACACGUGCUAGCAGGGGUUAAGAGGCUCCAGCACUGCAGUGGCCUCUCAGGAUGGAAACUGAGGAUCCACUUGUGUAAAAACAAGUGGAAUCUUUGGUGCUGCUCAAUUCCUCUGCAUCCCCAACUUGUCUUAAGGGGGGGAAAUGAUGCCAGAGUGAUUUAAUUUGCAAUAUCACUUAGCUCUUGUCAGGGCCCUGAGAGACAGGAAGAAAUUACAAGAAGUUGAGCUGAAGCUGAUGUUUUCUUUUAGCUGUCCUUAGAUUUCCCUUAACUGCUCCUUAACUAUAAAGCCUAAGCUUCUGAACGAGCCAUGCUAAUCCACUGAUGUUAACAGAAACAGAUUUAGGCUUAAAGGCUAGUUAAAAAUGUAAAUGGCUGUGCUUCUAACAACAAAAAACCUAAUGGGAAUUCCAAGAUAGCAGGUCACAGUCCACAGGAAAAUGCAGGCAAUGAGACCCAAGAAUUAAUCCACUAUUUAAAAAUAAAUAGAACAUUGUGUGCAGUAACUAUCAUUCAGGAUCACAUUAGGAGGAACAUUUCAAACUUCAGCAUAUUUUUUAUUCUACUGAUUAUCAACAGAGGAAUGUGACCUUGCUCUGCAAAACUUAAAAGGCAAAUAUGCUGUCAAGCCAUAGUUCGAGUAGUUAGUAUCUAUUCUAAAGCUGUCUCCUGGAAGCCAUGUAUGUAUGUAUUACUGUGCAUUACUCAAUGUGUUCCUAGGGUUUAACUAAAAAACAUACUCUGUUUUGUUAGUGAUUUGAGUAUGUUUUGCCUCAGUCCCCUAUAGUGCACUGGAAGUUGGGCCUUUACCUUUUUCCAUCCUUUAUCUGAGUGCACUUUAUACAGUAUUUAAAUAUAUAUAGGUAUUUAUGCAAAUACUUCUAAUUAAAAACUUAAUAGGGGUGUAGUAACAAUAUAUUUUUAAAUUAAAACUAAGAUGAGCAAACCCUAGAAUGUCUAGUACCAAAGAUAACCAAGUGUCAGCAGGUUUUCAUACGUGAACUGGUAACCUCUGCCUGUAAGUUACUGCUUGCUUUGUCUGGCUGCAAGCUCAUCGCCAUGUUUAAUCUUUCUAUAUUUAUAAUUGUGCCUAUCCUGAUGUUUCAUGUGCUUAAAAUAAAUCUAUAUUUUUAAAAUA